CUGACUGAGAAGGAUUGUGUCAAUGGAGGAGGAAGCAGGGGAGGAGCCGGGGAUGGGCAGGCCAACAGCCCCCAAAGAUUUCCACUUUUAUAACAUGGACCUGUAUGACUCUGAAGAUAGACUGCAACUCUUCCCAGAAGAAAGCAGCAGGAUCAGAAGAGAAUUAACCCAAGCUGAACCGACCAAUGAGCCAAGGGGGACAGGGGACAGUAAGAAUCUUCAGAAGGAAGUAGAGGAGCUUGUCCAUCUAUAUGGGCUUGAAGAUGACCAUGAGUUGGGGGAUGAGUUUGUGGAUGAACACAGACUGGGAACUCUGGGGUACCCUUCUUAUGGGAUGAGGAGGAGAGACCUACCCAGGGAGCAGAGAGACUGGGGGCUUAGUGGGGAUGCAGCUGAGGCUGAGGACCUGGGCUAUGGAGGGCAAAGCUUUCCUGACCAAUGCCAAGACCUGCGGGAAGCCUACAGGUACACACAUGGCCGGGCCAGCGAGGAAUAUGAAUGCUAUGUCAUCCCAGAGGAGGAGGAUGAAGAAGAGCCUGCUGAUGUCUUCUGUGUCACUUGCAAAACUCCAGUAAGAACAGUUGAGAAGGAUUUUGAUCUACACAAGGAACAUGAAGUAACCCCAAUCAACAAAGCACUGGAAAAUGCCAAGGAUGAAAUUCACAAAAAUAUGUGCAAAUUGGAGCAGCAGAUUAUUGAGAUGGAAAAUUUCGCUAGCCACCUGGAGGAAGUGUUCAUUACUGUGGAGGAGAAUUUUGGAAGACAGGAACAAAACUUUGAGUCACAUUACAAUGAGAUCUUGGAAACUCUUGCUCAAAAGUAUGAAAAAAAAAUUCAAGCGCUAGGGGAGAAAAAGAAAGAGAAGCUGGAAGCCUUAUACGGACAACUGGUCAGCUGUGGAGAAAAUCUUGACGCCUGCAGAGAGCUGAUGGAAACCAUAGAAGAGAUGUGUCAUGAAGAAAAGGUUGAGUUCUUAAAGGAUGCAGUGGCUAUGACUGACAGACUGGGGAAAUUCCUAAAAACCAAAACAGACGUGGAGCUCUCUGCACAGCCUGAGUUUGAAGAUCAGACCCUGGACUUCUCUGAUGUGGAGCAGCUGAUGGAUUCCAUCAACACCAUUCCAGCUCCCUCUGCUCCGGUGAUAAAUCCCCAGGCGCCCAACUCAGCCACCAGCUCCUCAGUCCGUGUGUGCUGGAGCUUAUACGCUGAUGACACCGUGGAGAGCUAUCAGCUGUCCUACAGGCCGGUGCGAGACAGCUCAUCCGGCAAGGACCAAGCAGAGUUCUCCACGACAGUCAAAGAAACAUAUUGCUCAGUGACAAAUCUUGAGCCAAACACCCAAUAUGAAUUUUGGGUCAUAGCUCAGAACAGGACUGGCCCCAGCCCCUCGAGUGAGCACGCAGUGUAUAUGACAGCCCCCUCUCCUCCCACUAUAAAAAGAGAGGCAAUCAGAAGCUGUGAAGAGGCUGCUCUAAUUUGCUGGGAGUCCGGGAACCUGAAUCCUGUGGACUCCUACACGGUGGAGCUGAUCCAGGCAGAAACGACAGAAGCCUCGGGGGUGACAGAGUCUGUAGUCGGCAUCCCGACCUGUGAGUCCCUGAUACAGCUGCAGCCUGGACACAGCUACACAAUCUACAUUCGAGCCCUCAAUGUCGGGGGCACCAGUGCCAGAAGCGAGCCUGCUACCGUACGCACCACAGGAAGUUACUUCCAAUUGAACAAGGACAGCUGCCACCCCUGGCUGACCGUUUCUGAAGAUGGCUUGACAGUGGUUCGAAGUGAGAAGAGAGUUUUCAGAAGGGAGCCGCCACCCAGCAAGACGAAGUUUACCAGGUGUGUUGCUGUCAUGGGAAAUCUCAUUCCAGUCCGAGGACGCCAUUACUGGGAGGUGGAGGUGGAUGAGCGCGUGGAUUACACUGUUGGUGUGGCCUGUGAAGAUGUCCCUAAACAGGAAGACCUGGGGGCAAACUGCUCGUCCUGGUGCAUGAGGCAUGCAUUUGCCUCCUCAAGGCACCGGUAUGAAUUUCUGCACAACAGGACAACUCCAGACAUAAGAAUCACAGUUGCUCCAAAGAAGAUCGGCGUCCUGCUGGACUAUGAAAACUCCAAGCUGUCCUUUUUCAAUGUGGACCUUGCGCAGCACCUGUACACAUUUAGCUGUGAGCUUCACCAAUUUGUGCAUCCCUGUUUUUCUUUGGAAAAGUCUGGAUGCCUCAAGAUCUGCAAUGGCAUUCCGAUGCCAAAGCAUGUCACUUUCUUUUAGGCCCUUCUGAUGUUGUUUCCGGCCUCGCUUCUGUUCUCUCCCUCGGCCCCCGCACAUUGCUGGCUGAACUUGGUAUUCAUCUUUCCUUCAGCCAGUGCACACUAAAGCUCUAGUGGAAGGUGUACUGGAACCCAUUUCACCUGAUGUGGACACAUGCUGUGUGCUGCUCCCUAUGUGAUGCUAGGAGAGCCAUUAUCAGGCCAGGCUGUUAAAAGAGGGGUCGGGCUCUGAGCUCAAAGGGCUCCUGUGGGGUCAAACUACAGUUGUCUGUUUGUGGAUAUAUAAAAUAUUUUGAGUCUCCUAAGUCUAGAGGAUCAGGGAAGCCAUAAUGGAGGCAGCCGCCCCUGUAUUUGUGACAUUUCACUCUUUAUCAAGAACAAGAACAGACUUCAUAAGGCAAGAAACUCUCUGCAGAAAAACAAGUAAGGCGGGUGCCCAUCUCAAGGCCAUCAUGGUGGGUUGAGAAUGCCCCCCCAGAGGCUCAUGUAUUUGACUGCUUAGUCACUGGGGAGUUGUUGAAAAGGAUUAGACUGAUUAAAAGGUGUGGCCUUGCGGGAGGAGGUUGUGCUUUGAGGUUUCAAAAGCCCAUGCCAGGCCAAGUGUGUGUGUGUGUGUCUCUCUCUGCCUGUGAAUCAGGAUGUGUCUCUCGGCUACUGCUCCAGCACCAUGGCUGCUGCUAUCCUCCCACCGUGCUUCCUGUCGUGAAGACAAUGGACUGAACCUCUGAAACUGUGAGCAAGCCCCCAAGUACAUGUUUUCUCUUCUAAGUGCUGCUCUGGUCAUGGUGUGUCUCUUCACAGCAACAGAGCAAUGACUAAUACAGAAGCUGGUCCACAGACUGCUGUCACGGGCCUGACCACGCUGUUUGCUGGAAGAAUAUGAAAGACAUUGGGACUCAGGACUAGAGAUGUGGUUGGAUACUUUCAGUGGGGCUCAAUGGGAGCAGAGAAGACAGACCGGAGCUGGUCUGAACUGUGGUGGCAAGAAGUUUAAGAGGGAAUGAAUAUUAGUAAGCUACCUCUAGACUAUUCUUGUGAUAUUUUGUCAAAGAAUGUGGCUACCUUUCACCCUGGCCCUAAAAAUCUGCCUGAAGAUAAAUUUAAAUUUUUUGGAUUAGGGCUUUAGCAAAAAAGAUUUCAAGACAGCCUAAUACUGACCCUAUUGUAUGGCUACUAGGCUAUUGUUCUUAUGCUUAUCUAGAAUAAAAAGGAAUAAGGGGGGCAAGGAAAACAUUCAAAAUGUUAGUCUUGAGGAGAAAAGAAGCACCAGUAGAUGAUUGCCUACAGUCACGUUCUGUGUUCAAGGAGACAAAAAGUUUCAAGAAAAGCCUGAUGCUAAAUUGAAUAAAGGGAGUGGUGACCCCAGGGCAAGACCCCACCUAGCUAAGCUUCUAACUUGUGAAAAGAAUCAAAGGAAAACUUAAGCAGUGAGGGAAACCAUCAACAACAGAAAGCUGGUGCAACUAUGAUUUAAAAAGGGGGCCAAGCUCCACCAGCCCCAUCAGGCAGAACUUGGCAGCUUCAGCCAUGUGGUUCUGGCUUUAGAGUUAAGAAUACAAUAAAGAGGUUGAGGAAUCUCCCUCCAUCCACACUAAGGAAAGCCACUGAGGCCAGACGGGGGUGUCCCUACACGGAGGCCCAGAGAGUGUGUGAAGCUGUGAAGGGGAAGCCUGAUUGCGUUGGAAACCUCUAGGUGUUGGAGGUGCCAGAAAUUUGGGAUAACCCCCAAGAAGAGCUGCUAACAGGGAGUAGAGGCAGCCCAAGAGAGAGAAGUCUGUGGUAGUCAACAAAGCUAAAAGCAGUUGGAGUUCUGAAGAACGCUUUGACAUUAGACAUGAAGAUGCAGGAUUUAGUUAGUCUUGCUAGGUUUAGGUCUGUCUUUGGUCCAGCAAUUCCUCACUAUGCUCCCUUUCGUUCUUUUUGGAUGGUAUAGAAUAGAUGGUAACGUCUAUUCUGUGCCAUUUUAUGUUGGAAGUAUAUGAUCUGCUUUUUUUAUUUUGAUUUUACGGGGGUUUCAGUUAAGAGAUUGCCAUGAGUCUGAGAAGACACUUUGGACUUUUAACUAAAUAGUGUUGAGACAGCAACAGGAUAGUGACUAAGACAAACAUCUUCACCCAUAUUUCCUAACAAAAGCUGGCAGCAGCUUGGCAAAUUCCUCCCAAUGAGCAUUUACAUGUUAUCUUCUCUCUCAUGGUGGUUCUAAUACCAUUCUAAUUUUGGAAAUACCUGUAAGAUGCCUAAAGGCAGAGACAGUGUGUGCCUUGUUCAUAACUUGACCUUGGGGGCUAACAGGUCAACAGGUGCACACCAAUACAUGCUGUGUAAACAAGGACCUACUUCAGCCAGCCACUGUUCUUUGGCUUCAUGCUGCUCUUGGUGAGAAUGGUGGCAGGGCUUUCAAAACUCUAGCAAAGCACCUAUGCCAUGGAGAAAGGAAAGCCUAAGGGAGGCAGUGUGAAGGAGCAGGAGGCACCUGUGGCUCAAUGGAGCAUUAUGCCACACACCCACACAUGCAACCUACUUGUGACUGGGGUGCUGUCCUUAUGUGCUGAGGAAGGGGCUGGGAUGGACGGAGAUACUAGGAAGAGCAUUAGCUAUGAUCCGCUGUAGAAACCGUUGUGAAAUGUGAGCAGCGGAUCUGAAACCAAGAACUAGGGCUGAUGGCUAUUUUGUACCUACUUACCUAAAACCUUAUACACUGCCCUGUCUCAUAGGGAUGUGAGGCUUCAUGACAAACCUAAGUGCCAAGUAAUAGGUGACAUAUGGUGUACACAGGGUGUUCCAAAGUAAUCAUCAGCUAGCCAAAGUCAAAGCUGGAUCCGAGAGAGAGGGACAUACUCUAUCCAUCAGUUCUCAGGUGCCCUGCCUCACUGCCUUCAUGCCAUUUUGUACCAUGGUACCUGGCUCCAUCAGCGGCAUUCCUGGCUCCCCUGCUCACAUUUCCAACGCCCUCACGGUGGCUGUCAAAGCUCAGCACUCCAGCUGCAGAGCAAGAACUCUACUUAAGAAGCAAUAGGAGACUGAGUUAUGCCACCAACACAGGCACGUCCUGCUCUCAGCACCAGGGAAACAUCCUUCUCUUUAGAACUUUGUUUUCUAGCACAUUCAUAUUCUGACACGGUAACAACUUUCAUCUCCUUCCAGACUGUACUAGUGCAAACAGCAGUUCCGCUCCUGAUUUAUCACUUGCCUGGAGAGUUUAAGGGCUUCUCUGUCACACACACACCCCCCUCUGCUCUGCCAAGCUGGGCCUCUUACCCUGACAUAAGGCACUGCAGAUGUAAACAGCUGACCGACACUGUUAAUGAAAUAGGUGUGUGUUU